AUGGCCUCGGUUUCCGAGCUUCCCUGCAUCUACUCCGCCCUCAUCCUGCAUGACGACGAGGUGACGGUCAUGGAGGACAAGAUCAACGCCCUUAUUAAAGCGGCUGGUGUCAAUGUGGAACCUUUCUGGUCUGGCUUGUUUGCAAAGGCCCUGGCCAGUGUCAACAUUGGGAGCCUCAUCUGCAACGUAGGGGCUGGUGGGCCUGCUCCAGCAGCUGGAGCCGCGCCAGUAGGCAGUCGUGCCCCCUCUGCUGCUGCUGCCCCAGCUGAGGAGAAGAAAGUGGAAGCAAAGAAGGAAGAAUCUGAGGAGUCUGAUGACGACAUGGGCUUUGGUCUUUUUGACUAAACCUCUUUUGUUAACAUGUCCAAUAAAAACAUGAACCUGUAA